AUGUCUGCCCCCUCCGAUAGCGCUACGAGCCCUUCACCAUGUGCGUGCACCAACAUAUCGCUUAUGCAAUUGUUCCAUGAGCUCAAACAAAAAUUUCCUGGCGUUCCUGAUCAUGUUGUGUCUAAUACCAUUGAGCUAUAUUGCCACGACAAGAAAGCUUGUGAGACACACCUUCAUAGCGAAGUCAAAGCCUCCCUAACACAUGCAUAUCAUGCAUCAUCAUCAGCUGCAGCUCGCCAGCUUAAUGAGCUUAGAGUUAAUCCACCUAUAAAGUGCCGUAAUCAACCUAUAGUUAAGCAUGAAAUUGUAAAAUCUAUAGAAGUUAAAUCUUUAACUUGCCAAAGCCCUCAAAAAGCUGUAAUUUCUACACAUAAUGUAAUAGAUGAAGAAAAGCCUAAAGUAAAUACAGAUGCUAAUCAAAAUCUAGUUGAAAGUGAAGCUGACGAAACAACUAACAAUGUUGCACUAUCUCCAAUUGCUGUUAUAAAUAUUGAUAACUUGUGUGCAAAAUACAAUGCAGAAUCACCUAGUGAUUUGGAAUUAACAAAUGAAAAUAAAACUGAAGAUCAAAACACAUCACAAGAUAUUAUUACAUCUCAAGACAAUUCACUAGAAAGAAAUAAUUUAAAAGAUUUAGAACAACCAGAGAGCACAAAUUAUAAAAUUUUAAAAAGUAAUAAAAUAAAAUCCAAUUUGCAUGAAAAACUAGAUACUUUAAAGGAUGUUAAAGAAAAGAAAACAAUAAAAAAAGAUCAACCACCACCAGCUCAAGAAAAGCCACAGAGACCAAAUACCCUAAAUUUCAUUAAAGCAAAUCCAGACAUUGCAUUUAAAGAGAAUUUAAAACCUGCUCCAGAAUCAGAGUCCUGUAGAACAGUGUCCCCUGCCCCGUCCACUCAAAAGCCUGAAAAUAAAGAUCAGAAACCUAGUGCAUACAGACCUGAUAGACCUUUCCCUCUUAACUGGUCUGUUAAUGUUAAUUGUCAUAUGGACCUUAGUCAUGCUUACACUGAUGGUGAUUAUGAAAAUCCCAGAGCUAUAACUUCGGUUAACUUGACAGUUUGUACUCCAACUUCAAACAUGGCAAGUCCAGUUAGGGAUGUAAGGGAGGAAGAAAACUCUGGAUUUGAAGGGCAUGUAACUGUGACUGUGAGUCCAAGUACAGCAAGACCUCCGAGACGCAGAGCUCCACCCCCGCCUCAAACUCGCAUAGAGUCUCCCAGGCCCACCAGGGUUGCUCCAGAUCCACCUACCUACACAUAUGAUCGUGCCCUAAUAGAGCGUCAAAAGGAGCGUUUGUCCCGUUUGGCAACAGCUCUCGCCCAAGAGAAGGGACGGUUAGCGCAACUGAACAGAGAGACGCAGAUACUCUCCGCGCCGCCACCGACGCCCAGUGUUGCGCAGAAUCUGAAGGAAUACGUGGAGAGAUUGAGGGAUGAGUGUGACACGAUGGCUAAGCGACUCGAGAUGGGAGGUAAUGCUCGUGUAAUGCACGUUCCAGAGGCAGACGACUCUGGAAACUUCUACAGCAACAUAUACACGGGGCAGCGUCAGCCGACCUCCUGGCAGUGCCACAUGUGCACCUUCCGAAACCACCCUCUGCUAGAUAAGUGCGAGGAGUGCGACAUGCCCCGAAUAUUCGUAGUUCGAGCAGCAGAUGGAAUCACAGUUCAUUUAAUGCCAGGGCGCCGGAAUAGCAUAUACGGCUGCAAAUCCAAAGGUCCUGGGUUCGAGGCCCCGGGGCCGAAUUUAGGGUUCAUUAAUGGGUUUUUCACAGUAAUAUGCCGAAAUUGUAAAGUUAGCAGUGCUACACCUCCGAAAGCAGUCAGUCCUGCGCCUGAUGUUUCAAAAGAA